UCCUACGUAAUCUUCAACGAUACCACCAGCAGCACACACAGAAGCAGGGACUUCUACAACAUCUGCAGAGUGGAUAUCACUCCUCGUCCAACAGCUUUAUUCUUGUUAACUCGUGUGCAACAAAACCGCGAGAAUGAAGCUACAACUUUUGAUCCUUACUGUUUUGCGGUGUGUGGUUUUAACCAAUCAGGAAAACCAGGAAAAGCAGCCAAUGAAAACAGAGGAAUUCAACCCGGAUGCUUUCAACACCGAUGGCAAUUCUACAUUCAUGUAUGACGAGGACCUGUCGGCCCCUUGCAGUUUGGAGGUGCCUGGAUUUAAUAGCUUGGGCCUGAUGGUCACCUACAUCGGCGUGUUCGUCCUCAGCAUUCUGGGCAACGGCGUGGUCGUCUAUGUGAUUUACUCCAUGGAGAAAGGUCGAGGUACCACCGAUAUCUACCUGAUGCACCUGGCGAUGGCGGACCUUCUCUUCUGCGUCACCCUCCCGUUCUGGGCCAUCAAUGCUCAGUCCGGUUGGAUCUUCGGCAACUUCCUGUGCAAGCUCCUGUCCGGCUUCCAGGAGGCGUCGGUGUACGGCGGGGUCUUCCUGCUGGCAUGCAUCAGCGUGGACCGCCACUUCGUCAUCGUGAGGGCUACACGCCUGCGGCCCUUCCACCGCCUGUUGGUUAAAGUGACGUGCGGCGUGGUGUGGCUGGUGGCCGCAGUGCUGUCCUUACCAGUGGCCAUUCUGAAGGAGAGCAUGCAUGAUGAAGACCUGGGCCGGACCAUUUGCUAUGAAAACAUUACCAACGAAAGCAGCGACCGCUGGCGCGUUAUCAUGCUCGUUAUGCGUCAUUCAAUUGGCUUUUUUGUGCCCCUGGUGGUGAUGACAGUCUGCUACGGCUGGAUUGUGGUAGCGCUGAUUCACACGCGUAAUUCCCAAAAGCACAAGGCCAUCCGCGUCAUCCUGGCGGUGGUGUUUGCCUUCGUCGUGUGCUGGUUGCCUUAUAACAUCGCCGUACUGAUUGACACGCUGACUCGCAAAAAAACAAUUGCGAUGGAGACGUGUGAAACCCGCUACAUGGUGGAAGUGAUGCUGGCAGUGACCCAAGUGUUGGCCUUCAUGCACUGCGCAGUGAAUCCGGUGCUGUACGCCUUCAUCGGCGAAAAGUUUCGCAAACACCUGCUCUCGGCUCUUUACAGACACAGGCUCAUCAGCAGGAAGGGCUCAGCCAGCAGUGUAGGGAGCAUCAGAUCUAGAAACACCUCCAUCAUGUAAAAAAAAAAAGGGACGAACAGAUUCCACCUGCCCACGUCUCUGCUGGUCACGACACGUUAUUACACGUUUGUAAUAGAACCAAUAGAGCCGAGUCAGGCUGGCUGCUUCCCCCUUCUGACAGUCAUGGAUAAACUAAGCUGUCUUUACUCAAUAAACAG